AUGGCAGUUGAAGCUUCAGAUCCCAAGUCCGUGGACGUGGUGUCGACGCCUGGCCCUGAAGAUAUUCACACUCUAUCGAAAGAAUCUCUAUCGGAUAAUUCUAGCGAUGACUCCAAUGGAAAGACGCCACCACCCCUUGCGGCAAAGCUGUGCGCAGUCGCACUUAUAUCUUGUAUCAGCUUUGGCUCCCACUGGAGUUCCGGCGUGACGGGUGCUAUGAAGAGCACGAUGAAAAAGAAAAUGCAUAUAGACAACGUUCAAUUUUCGCUUUUGGAAGCCAGCGAGAAUUUCAUGGCAACGGUACUGCUUUUGAUAAGUGGUGUGAUCACCGAUCGAGUCGGCGGAGCUGAGAUGAUCGUUUGCGGAAAUAUCGUUUAUACCAUCGGUUCUAUCCUCAUUGCUGCCGCCGCGACCGUGCGUUCUUUCAACUUCAUGAUCGGAGGGCGAGUCAUCCUCGCGCUCGGCGAUAUUGCCACACAAAUCGCGCAGUACAAGAUGUUUUCUUCUUGGUUUCCUCCUAGCAAUGGAUUUGCAUCCACACUAGGCUUUGAGCUCGCCAUUGGCAAGAUAGGCGGGUUUGUCGGUAAUUCGACGGCUAAUAUCAUUGCAAAGAGAACCGGUAACUUUGCAUGGGUCUUCUGGACCUCGGUGUUCAUGAACCUAUUCACCAAUGCGGCCAGCGCAGCGUUCUGGUUCUUCAACCAGUAUUGCAACCGCCAUUUUGAGGGACGACGCGACAAAGCAACGAAAGAACAACUGACUGAAAAAAACAAAAAGUUUGAAUUUAGAAAGCUAUUCGAGCUCCCGUGGAUGUUCUGGGCUGUCUUGGGCUUCUCCGCAUUCCAAACGACUGCCGCAUCAGUUUUCAGCCAAAAUGCCACUGAGCUGGCCGAGAAGCGAUUCAAUGUCGGUUCUAUCAAGGCCGGGUGGUAUAGCUCUCUUUCGCAGUAUGCAGGAUUUUUUCUCGUUCCCUGCUUGGGCGUUUUCAUUGAUGUCCUCGGCAACCGAGCAUCCAUAUUAUUUGCCUGCGGUCUCGGCAUGCUGUUGAGCAUGGUUCUCAUUAACUUUGCAACAUCAACGGCCGGCACAGGAGCUGCAUUUGGCAUCUACGCCCUUGCUGUGUCCCUCGGACCCACCUCAGUCAUCGACAGCGUUCGCACCACACUCUGGCAUCAAUCGGUUUUUGGAUCUGCGUAUGCAUUGAAAGUCACUAUGAACAAUGCUAUGAGCAUUGUAAUCCGGAUCAUCACGGGAGCUUUGCAGGACGCAGAUCACAACUCAUACCGCCGAGUGGUGCAGGUAUAUCUGGCUCUUGGUGCCGGUGCUGUGGUUGUCGGUUCAGCUAUCCUGAUGGGCUCGUUUUUGACUGAUAACCUGGCGCCGCUACAGUGGACUCGGCAUAAACGGUUGACAUCGGGUGCGGCUAUCAUCGAGCGGAUCCGAGAGCGCAACUUAGUAACCCAGCAACGGCGCACUCGGAACAUUUCCAUAUUUUGCUUCGGGAUACUAAUUUUGUUGAUACUUGGGUCGUGGGUGGCGUAUAUCUGGGGUGCCGUGACCGGUCACAACUCUUAG